ACUUGAACAUAACACUGCAUCUUAGCGCUCUCUGGUCUUUUCAAGUGCAUUUCUUUCUAUCUCAUGCUUUGAGUAAUCCUCUGGUUCAAACUUAAAUCUUUUGAUUCCUCUCUUCUUGCACCUGGCACUAGUUACAGUUGCCUUAAAUGUUGUGACCCUGAGAUUCUCUUCAAUGUAUUAGUGACUAAUGAUUAUUGAUCUGACAUUCUUUUUAAAGUAAUAUGUAAUCUACAUGGAUAAAAGUAUUUUGGGAGGAAAAAAAUGUCUUUAAAAAUUAUAUUGUGGUCCGUGUCCAUGAACAUAAUGGUGAAUUUAAGCUUUCUCUAACACCCUUUGAAGAAUUUAAUUCCAAAUAUUUUGAAUUCCAAACCUCAUGGUUCUUCUGGGUUUUAUUACCUGUUUUCACAGCAGUUAAAUCUCUUCAAAAACUUUAUAGUGCUUUAGUUUAAUAACUUCGGGCCUUACAAAACAGUGCCUCUAGUCUGUUGAAACCUAGAGCACUAAUCACUGAAGAUAAGGUUUUUUUGCAUUCAUCUUUCAUGUUUGUUCUGAUCCAGUUCAGAGAGAAGGUACUAUGGACAGCUAUCACGCUCUUCAUUUUCUUAGUAUGCUGCCAGAUACCUUUGUUUGGAAUCAUGUCAUCAGAUUCUGCAGAUCCCUUCUAUUGGAUGCGAGUCAUUCUUGCAUCAAACAGAGGUACUUUGAUGGAAUUAGGUAUCUCACCCAUUGUGACAUCUGGUUUGAUCAUGCAGCUGCUAGCUGGAGCGAAGAUCAUUGAAGUUGGUGAUACUCCAAAAGACAGAGCCUUGUUCAAUGGAGCUCAGAAAUUAUUUGGGAUGAUUAUUACCAUUGGGCAAGCCAUUGUGUAUGUUAUGACUGGAAUGUAUGGAGAUCCUGCUGAAAUGGGUGCUGGAAUUUGUCUUCUUAUUAUAAUUCAGCUGUUUGUUGCUGGUUUGAUUGUGUUGCUGUUAGAUGAGUUGCUACAGAAAGGUUAUGGCUUGGGGUCUGGUAUUUCCCUGUUUAUUGCUACCAAUAUCUGUGAAACCAUUGUCUGGAAGGCUUUUAGUCCCACUACCAUCAACACUGGCAGAGGAACAGAGUUUGAGGGUGCUGUGAUUGCAUUAUUUCAUCUUCUGGCUACACGAACCGACAAAGUCCGGGCUUUGCGGGAGGCUUUUUACCGACAGAAUUUGCCCAAUCUCAUGAAUCUGAUUGCUACAGUAUUUGUAUUUGCUGUAGUCAUAUAUUUUCAGGGAUUUCGUGUUGAUUUACCUAUCAAGUCUGCGCGGUAUCGUGGACAGUACAGUAGCUAUCCUAUCAAGCUCUUUUAUACCUCCAACAUUCCCAUCAUUCUGCAGUCUGCCUUAGUUUCGAACCUUUAUGUUAUUUCCCAGAUGUUGUCUGUUCGUUUUAGCGGCAACUUCUUGGUGAACUUAUUAGGACAGUGGGCAGAUGUCAGUGGCGGUGGCCCUGCUCGCUCUUAUCCUGUUGGUGGCCUGUGCUACUACUUGUCCCCUCCAGAAUCCAUGGGUGCAAUAUUUGAGGAUCCCGUCCAUGUAAUAGUUUAUAUAAUAUUUAUGUUGGGAUCCUGUGCGUUCUUCUCGAAGACUUGGAUCGAGGUGUCUGGCUCAUCAGCGAAAGAUGUUGCCAAGCAACUCAAAGAACAGCAAAUGGUGAUGAGAGGCCACAGGGAUACUUCAAUGGUUCACGAGCUUAACAGAUACAUCCCUACAGCAGCUGCAUUUGGCGGUUUGUGCAUUGGUGCCCUUUCAGUAUUGGCUGACUUUCUAGGAGCCAUUGGGUCUGGCACUGGCAUUCUGCUUGCAGUCACUAUUAUUUAUCAGUACUUUGAAAUAUUUGUAAAAGAACAGGCUGAAGUUGGAGGAGUAGGUGCAUUAUUUUUCUAGAUGUCCAAAUAUUUCAUGGUUUGUGUGAAAGGGAAAGCAUUUUGACAACAUGGCUCAUUUAGUCCAAUAAUGCUAUUUUCUUUUUAUUUGUUUUAAAGUGCUACGUGUCCCAUUACUGUAAUGGGCAUUGAGCAAUGCCUGUGUGCAGCAUUAGUACCAGCUGCCUUAAGAAUAAAGUUUACAUUAUCUUGUUUAAGUAUUAUCUAGUGUUGCCUGUAAUGCUGGAAACCAAUUCAUCUACCUUGCUGUUCAAACACUACAGUGAGAUGGUAAAAUGUAUCAGUUUGAUAUCGGUAAACGUUUUUGCACACAACAUUAAAAUGUUAAAUUUGUUUCCCUGUCCUUAAUAGGAAGAAAAAAUAAAAUCUGAGUUCAGAUUGCCACGUGCCAGUAUUCUUGACAAAAUUUAUUUGUAGCCUGUAUUUUACAUUAAUUUUUAUACUUUUUUAACUUGCACUUCCCUAUCAUUGAACUCAGCACUCCUUAUUCCUUUGUGGUGUCUCCACCCAGGCACCUUUCUCUUAGCUCUAAGGGUGGACAAGCAAACAUUUUACCGGAGACUGAUACUCAUCUCACCUGUGAACUGGUUCUGUGGUGGAUUUGCUGCAUCGCAAGGCCGGGGGCAUUUCGGUUUCUUGCCCCGGGCCUCCUGUGAGACAGCAUGGUAGCUGCUGUCAUGCUAGCAAGUCAGCCGCGUAGUUUUGUUUAAACAUGUACUUGUGAAAACUGUGCCACUGAAACUUCAUGUCCACUUUGCUUUUGUGAGUCUAAAGAACAAGGCAGGGUUCCUAAAGCAGCGUUCACAGAAGGGAAAGGGGGGAACGAGGAGUUCCUGCUGAAAAUUUAUUUAUGUUGUCGCACUUUACAGCGGCAAUGUAACAACUGUAAACGUUAGACAAUAAACUUAUUUAAUUAA